AUGGAGUCUGGUCAGUGUUCCUCCAUUGGGGGUCAGCUGUGUGAAUACCACUUCAUUGGAUAUCAGAAGACCUGGAAAGCAGCCCAGGAGUAUUGCAGUGAGAACCACACUGACCUGGCCACAGUGUCUAACCAGACAGACAUGCAGAGACUCCUUAACUCCACGACUGAACAGUAUCCAGACGGAGCCUGGAUUGGGCUGCAAAACAACACACCAAACACUGUGUGGCGCUGGUCUCAGUCAGGGGUGGAGUUCAAUGAGACUGAGAGUAAAUUGUCUGCAGGAAAGCUGAAUAAUAAAGGCAAUCAGGAGAACUGUGUGAGGAUGAAUGAUGGCACAUGGGAUGACGACUCUUGUUCUACAAAAUCUAACUUUAUCUGCUAUGACGAAGACAAGAAAUCCGGCCAAACAUUUUAUGUCAGUUACUUGUGGACAGAGAAGACCUGGCUAGAGGCUCAGAGCUACUGCAGACAACAUCACACUGACCUGAUCAGUGGAGUCAAACAGCUAGAAGACUUCAAGACACAGCGCCCAAAUUACUAUUACUACUAUCCCUGGAAGGACAACCUUUUCUGGAUCGGCCUGUUCAGAGACUCUGACUGGAGUUGGUCAGAUGGGAGCAGUUUCUCUUUCAGAUCCUGGGAUAAAGAUGACACUAAGAAGAAAUGUGCUAUGACUACGUCAAAUGGAAAAUGGAGCUCUGAUGACUGUAAUAAUAAAAAACCCUUCUUCUGCUACGACGAUUCAGUGAUCCUGAUCAAGGAGAAUAUGACCUGGGUGGACGCGUUAUACUACUGCAGAGAUCACUAUCGUGAUCUUGUCUCCAUCACCAACAUGGAGGAGCAGCUCUGGGUCCAGGAGAGAGCCAAGAUGGCCUCCACUCCCUACGUGUGGCUGGGACUGCGCUACACCUGCACUCUGGACCUCUGGUUCUGGGUCACUGACGAGAUGGUCUGCUACAACAACUGGGGCCCCGACCAGCCUGGGGACGACUGCACCACGGCUGGAGCCAUGGACCGAGAGGGAACGUGGGUCAAAAAGCACGAUGACCACAACCAGCUUAAUUUCAUCUGUUCCACGUAA